UAUGUGGUCACCCUAAAUUAACAUUUGAAUUUUAAGGGCUUCUUAAUCGGUAUUACAGCUUUAGGGAGUUGCCAGCUCAAAAUUUGAAUAUCGUACUGAUUUUAACAGUUGUACACAUUUUGUAAACAACAUUUGGAUUUUAGAACAUCAAAAUGGACAUUGCAUUUCAUUAAGUUUCAAGCGCCAACAGCAUGUUCCCCCGGUGGCAAGUGCUGUAAUUUCACAACUUUAUUUAAUAUUCCUUAAUAACACAAAGGAAAGUUUGUGGCCAAGAUCAGGAUAAAACACACAAGUCAGCUGAAGACGGAAUCGAAAUCAGUGCAGAUUCUCCUGGAUUGUCAUGGAUCUUCAUGUGCUUUUGAACAGAUCUUCGAACAACCUGGAGCACACUGUGUUCACCCAAGUGGGCACCUUCCUUGCCGCGACACCACCACCACCACCCACACCGGCGUGACAAGGCAGGCUUCGCUUUCCGCGCCUUUGCAUGCGACAAGUUUGUCACUGUGAUUUAUGCCUGAGAGGAGAGGGUUACACCACCGAACCGUGGGUGGGGUCGAUGAAGAGUCAAAAAAGCGGGUACACACGUCCGUGCCAGUGGAGAACAAGGGGCGGCAGUCAAAAAGACAGACGAGCAGAGGAAGCUGAGCCAGUCGGGCGCUGGCAGGCGUCAACAGGAUGCGGAGGACGAAGGAAGGGGUGGAUCGGCGUCGGAUGGCGACUGGCGGGUGGCGGAGGAGAAAACGGAUGAGCAGGCGAGGGAGCGAACGGCGGAGGGUUGCGAUUACAGUGUCAUUGGCAGCGUCGACGGCGUCACUUUGCGCACUGCCAAGUGCAGCCACCAGAACCGAAUCCAAUAUCCAAAUCAGAGCCACACCACCCAGCCAACGAAACGGGGAAAGAAACGACGAGCAGGGCAAGGGCGAAUCCACGCCCAACAGCUACAAUUGAAAAUUUUAUUUCAUUUUUAUGGCUUUUGGAAAUUAAAUUGUUGUCAUCGCAUACAAAAUUAACCAGAGCAGCGGGAUUUGCAUAGCCAGCCAAGAGGUGUGACCUCUAACCCCCACCAUCCACCCACCAUCCACCAUCUACCAACUGGCACCCAACAACCACACGACACAGUCACCGAUGUUAUUGUUAUAGCCGCUGUAUCUCACCCGCUGGGCCUGCGGUCUUUAACAUUUAGCAAAACAUUUGAUUGCCAUCAGGAUAAUCCCGAUGGGAUGUCCCAGGACGCGAGGAUGUGGGCUGCCAGGAGCUGUUAGAUUGCCUGGGAGGAGUAUCACAUCUCCAUAAAGCUCACAAAGCCCGAGGCCUUAAAUAAAUGUUUAUUUUAAGCAAUAUAGUCAGGCAUUAAAAUGCAAAACUUAAAGACUGUCAAAGAACUUUAAUAAACGGGCUCGAGCCAAAGUCAGGAGUAAAUAAGGCCUGGAAAAAGCUAGGAGAAGGUACUUCGAUGGUCAGCAGCCAAAGUAAAAUCUUAGAUUUCCAACUUUAAGCUUCCCGGCAGCCGGAGUCAAUUUGCAAUUAGAUGUUAUCCAAAAGCAAACGGACACCCAGGAUACGGGGAUUUGAACAAGGUCCCGCAUAAAAAACUAAACACGCAGCAAUCAAUCGAUUAAAAAAGGGCAAAGGAGGAAAAGUUUUGCGCCGGCGGUGGGCGGUGGCACAGACCAGACUAGACGCGGCGGUGGACACCACCUAUGGUGUCCAGGUCGAGGUCCUGCCGGAAGGACACCCCAGGGACCCGCAGGCAGCUCAAGGAAGUCGCCUGGCUGGCUUUCGUCUAAUGCGCCGCUUAUCUUGAUAUUAUUUGGCCAUAAAAAAGGACACGGACACAUGUUCGAGAAGAAGCACGGAUAACACUGGAAGAAAUGUUCCACACCUUCCGAAUCGGGGCAGUGAAUAAAAGAGAUCCACGCAGUGCUCUUUUGGCUUACUGAUUAAUAUAAUAUAAUAUAACGGAGACACCGAGAUGUCCUUAAAAUCUUUGACAUUCUGCACCCAUUUUUCGGCUGUAACCCAAUCCUCCAGCCAAGUCAGUGUGCUCCUAAGGGCAAGGAAAAUUGCAACAUUUCACAUGUCACAACGAGGGCGAUUUCCCUACCCCAAAUAAAAUGGACCAUGUCGAAUUCUGCGGGUUCCGUUGAUUUCCUCGCCCGAAAAAAAACCCAGCCACGCGCGUUUCAAAUCCCUUUAGUUACACUGUUUCAAAAUUAAAUAUUUACAUUUUGUAUGCGGAGGCGGAUGCGGCGGGCAUGAGGCCUGAAUCUCGAUUCACAUGUGGGUGUUUUGGCCGGAAUGGUGGUAUCUAGCAACUGGAUACACUGGCCAUCUAAUCGGUGGUGGCUGCCACUCCGUCAGCUGCCCGUGAGCACUUGUCGUGGACAGAGGCGCAGCUGGUCAAGGGGACUACCCCACCGAGGGACGCCCCUGGCAGUCGCAUAUGAGCUCAGAUCAUCAAUUCCCCGUUGGUCGGAUGGGGUGGUGGCCACCAUGCAGUUUCCGAUGCGCGUUUAUUUAGUAAUUUGUUUGUCUCCCGACUUAGUCACGGUUUAUGGUUGACAUUUAUUUUAUGAGCGUGAAAAAUAUAUCACUCGCCAGUGGCAGCCACGCCACCCACCGCGGGAUUCCAGGCGGGGUGCAGGCAGGUGGCUGCACCACCCACUCCACCCACUUGCGCCACUUAAGCCAAUUUUGAUAGCGGCUUAUUGAUGGUCGAGCGACUGGCGAUUUGUGCAUUGGUCUCGCUCCAACUUGCUGAUUGAAUCAGUGCGGAAGUGGGACGAGGACGAGAUCGAUGGGCAGUUCGUGGUCGUACGUACAAUCUGUACUCCUGGUCAGGCGAGUCGGAUCUUAAUGGCUAUGGUAGUUCGAGCACUUGAUAUAUGGAAAUGCCGGAUCGACAAGAUGAGCCGCCAGCGACAGAUGAGAGGAAAUGUCGUCUGAAUUUCUCUACGUUUGGCACUUCCUUUGGCGAGUAUUGUUAACCGCUGCUAAGCCCAUCAAUUAUGCCGGGAGGCAUCCCAUCCUUACAAACUUAUUGGCCUAUAAACUAAUCGCAUAAUUGCACAAAAGUAAUUAUCGUUGGGCUGAGCCUCGGCUAGCUCAUUGUGCAGCAACUAUGCGGCACAUCCUACAUCCUGCAUCCUGAGGCCCCAGUGCUUAGGCCUCAUCCCCUGGCGCUCUGAUUUUUCCACCUUGCUGGCCAACUAUGCGGCUCAUCCGCUCCGCUGAACGCUGCCAGAAGGAAGUGCCGUACAGGACCCAAAUCGCAGGACGCAGACUGCGGAAUGCAGGACUCAGAUCGCUGAAAAGCAGUUGAAAAAACACAACGGGCCAAACAACAAAAACAAACACAAGGACAUCUCUUUGUUUGCGGAAAGCGAAAGAGAGGCGAAAUUAAAAUCAAGCUGUUGAUAGCAAUCACACACUCCUGGCUGCCUGAAAUGAAUAAGUCGAGGUGAUGCUGGUGAACACUCCUCAAUAAGCGGACACCUUGUUGGAUUUUUAAGAAGACCACAAUAGUGUGCACCUGCACUUCGCGCAGUGGUCAUGUCCUGGCUGUCGUCUCUACAAUUCCGAUGACGUUGCCAAGAGAGUGGGAUGCAUGCAUCACUAGCCGUCACAUGGCCAACUGCUUGGCUUCCUGCUUUCGACCAAUCUGCGACUGUCAUCCGUCAUUCCAUUUACUGGAUGCUUGCCAUUUCUGUGGCUCCCGAAUCUCCGCCUCUUCAUCUGCAUCUCCUCAAAACAAGGCAAAGUAGGGUAAAUUGAUGUAGUUGGGGUUGACAUCCUCAAGUGGCCCAGUGGCAUUGUUCGACGAUUUGCGUUUGUCGAGCGCGCAGUAAUUAAGUUGAAGUUGCACAGCAGAUCCCCGAUAAGCAUAGGGAUCAGGAUACGGCCACGGUGGUUAGGGAUAAUCCCCCAGAUUAAAAGUAUACGGGCUCCGAUCUUUUGUGCCUCCUUUGAGCAUCAAUCGGGCCAAUUGGAUUGACAUUAUCGGAUCGCAGGAAGAGGAUCUGCUUGGAAAUAAUUGUGACCCACGAUGGAACCAUGUCAUCAUCUCUGGCUGGCUAAAUGGCUCUACGCAACUGCAACUCUUUCGUUGCCCCAAAUUGGCCUUGAGGCAAUGAUUGGCUGCCGCUGCUGCCCAGAUGCCGGCACAACCCUCCUCCCCCGAUGGACCACCCCCUGGGCCACCACAAAGUUCCCAGUCCCCCCUUUUUGCGUUUCUUUCGCACUGAUCUCAGCUGUCGUCGCUUGUUAGUGCGCACGCGUGUCUUUCUCUCUCUAAGAAGCAGACAGCGCGUGUGUUCCCCUCUCCAUCGCACUCAACGCCCGCCCAGUCACGUCCUCUCACUCACUCCGCCAACUCUCCCACUCGCACCCAUCACGAUCGUGAGGCGUUGAUGGCGAUGGCGCUGAAGCUGGCGCGCAUGUGCAACGCAGCCACAAAAUCGCAAUUGCCGGGACCAAAAACCAAAAUGAAAAAAGUACGGAAAAAAGGAGCAACCAAAAGCUUGAGCUGGCACAACGUUGUAAGACAUAGUUUGUUGCCAGAGCCCCUCCCCCCACCUCCGCACCGCUGUGCCCCUGUGCUUGUGUGUGCGGGACCUCCCGCAGAUAAUUGCCCAUCAUCUCAUCAAGUUCCGCCCAGCUAUUUAACAACCGAGGAGCAGGAGCUGCAGGAGGAGGUUCGGGGCCCCGAGAGCAAUGAAACCCACAAAACAAGACACCAAAAUGAUGAACGCGACCACGCAAAGUAGAAGUAGCUGCCCGAUCUGGGAGUCGAGGAAGGAGUCUGGCUCCAGACCAUACAAUCCCGAGGGCCGCUACGUUCAGGAACUUCUCGAGCGCCCUUGGGCUGGCGCCACCAACAUUGAGCAGCAGCUGGGGGCGGCGGCUGCAGAUCGGCUCCAAAUCGCAGCAGUCCAGGUUGCAGCUCCACUCCAACCACAGCCAUCAAUAGCACCACCGACGACGAAAAAGCAGGAGGAGACCAAGAAGAUCCAAGCAUGUUAAUCGAGUCAUAUCGAUUUUGGCGUGGUUCGUGUCUCGGACGUUUUGCCCAACCGCCGUCCUUCGCCCCCCAAAAAGGGGGAGGGGCCGAUCCCAUCAGCGAACUCGUAACUAAAUUGAAUCCAAUUGCAUACGGGUCGGGCCAAAUAACUGUGAGACAUAAUGAAUGAGUGUUGGCCAAAUUGCAACUUGGCUUGCCAGCCGGGCAGUUAAGGGUUAAUGGAUGGGCACCAAGGGAUUGUUUGCAGGGGGGUUCAGGGGGUGGUGCUGCUCUGCAUCUUCCAGUUUACGGCCCAGCCACUAAUAUCUCAAUUGGCCAGCGGAAGGUUCGAUUAACUGCACCAUUGGGCCACCCACCUGGGGCAUCUGCGCUUGGACACCUGCAUGAAUGCAUCCAUAGGCGAAAUGAAGCAUUCUUUCUAAAAGAGUGUACAGUAUUUUUACUGCACAGCUUAUAUGAAUUAUUUAUUUUGGUCCACACAUAAACAAUGACACCGGGCCUUGUAUAUGUGUGCUUAAGAAAUGUUAAAACGUACAGAAGCCAAAUAGCCGUUUACAACUUAGUAUUAUUGCAGCAAUAUAUACAAUUAUACAUUUACUAUUAAUUAAUAGAACUCAGUAAUUAAGUCAUAGUAAGAUAUUAAUUUUUAAAAAGGAAUUCAAUGCAAAGUAAUAUAUACAUUAUUAUUAAUAACAAAAGGUAAUAACAGAAAUAUAUAAUGUAUGUAUAUUUUGUUAGUUUAGAGAACACUAGACUACUGUACAGUUCUGUUAAGCUAGAAAUUAUCUGAUUUCCCAAAUCCUCUUUUUCCUGGUCUCGAUUCCAACUCCUGCACGAAAGUAAAUCAUCGUAAUGUUAAUAAAUGUUCUUAUUCGUUUAGUUUUGUAUCCUAUUGUGGUCAAGUAAUUAUGAAAAAACUUACUAAAUAACAAAAUGUACCGUUUUCCCAAUUCUCCGUCAAAAACAAUCCGAUUUUUAGGCAGAACAUUGUAAAUAUCGGCCCAAAUAUGGAUUGUCAUACCUCGUUAAGCUCGUAUUUUAAUUCCCAAUCGAUUGGCAUUCAAAUUUGGAAACUUUAAUUUUUUGCCAAUUUUUUCAAAAAUGAGAAAAUUCACUAAAAAAUUUAUUUUUGAAAAUCCAUUUAAAAGUAAUAAGGGUAGUUAGCUUUGGUAAUUAGCUUCACAAAACAGUUUGCUGUUCAGCUUUAUGACCAUUUUUAGCCAAGUUGUGAUGAAGGAAGUGUUAGUAAAUAUCGAAUUUCUUAGUAAUUCACUUUUCUUAAUUUUCCGUCAUGACCCUAUAUAAAAUUGUGGAAAUUUACUCCGCCGAAUCCGCCACCCCCUUCGAGGACGCCUACGUUAUGCAGGAUUUAGAGGACAUUCUGAUUCUCCAUCAUCAACGACGAGGUUCUUCACGACAAGGACGACGAGGACGAAGAGGACGACGAGGACGGCAAGGAUUGUGGCUAGCGAAUAACUGACCCCAGUGAUUGUAGCAUAGCGCGUAUAAGAAAAAUAAAAAAUACAUGA